AUGGCGUCGGUGAAUGUGGGGGAGUUUGACCUUAUGCGGUACCUGCACCUCUCCUUCCUUAAGGACGAGAAGCAGUUAACACAGGAGGAGAGGCAGGCACUUGGGGAGCAGCGAUGCCAGGUAAUGGAUGAAAGACAGUAUGCUGGUCAUUGCCUGCAAGAGAAAGUGGCUCGCAUACGCGAGCAGUACUCACUUCGCUGUUGUGCACCCAAACCAAAAUCCUACCCGCGUGACGCCGACAGUAAGUAUGGGCUCUUCUGGUUCGGACGAGGGAGGGACGACGGUGAUUGUGAUGAACAGGAAAAAGAUGUAGAUGACAAUGCAGUGGUGUCACGUCCGCAGAAGCAUCAACAGGGGGAGGGAGAACAGGAAAGGGAACCGAUCCAUGAUGACUCGGAAUCGGAGGAUAGAUCUGUCAAAGAGCGAUUUAAGGUGUGGCGGCCGAUUGAGGGUCCCCCAUUACGUAGGGACAAGGCUGGCAGUGUGUCACUCGUCGCAGCCGGCAGUUCUCAACAGCCUCAACGCAGAGCUUUACACUCGACACUUAACACUUUGCCUGCUGCGCGGGAUGGGAACUCUGCCUUAACACCGCCGUGGGCAGAGGAUUGUCGUGUGGGCAGUGGUCCUAAGGAGGGACGAAUAAGUCGCGUGAAACGACAGCAUGAACUUUACAAACGGGGUGUGCUUCCCCGUGGGGAGGACGGUAUCGAUGAUAUUCUUCGCCACGCACGUGCUUCUCAGAGUCUAGUUCUCGACCUGCAGAAGUGGCGGAUGCGCGAGGAUGAGCAGCACAAUCAACGAGCAUUGAGGAGGGCGCUAGACGGGCAAAUAAUCGACAAAAGGAGGCGGCAAUUAGCGCAGCUUGAAGAGGAUCUUGUGCACAUCUACGGUCCCACUAUGCGCCAUAUUCUCAACGAUGCUUUCGGGCAGAAUCCGAGCAUCCAGCAUCCGCAGCCGCAGCAGCUCGAUGAAUCUCUCGCGGAUAACCGAAAUAAUAGUGACAAUGAUUUAUUUUUGAUGUUGCGUCGCAAGGAGUCUCCGCAGCGACGUUUUAGAGGUAGGGUACUUACGGAAGAGUCACGCUUGCGUGAGGCGCGACUUGCCUGGUUGUCUGCAUGGGAAGAUCACAAGCGACGUCUGAGCGCUGCCGCAAAUAGGACACCAACGACAGGUAAAUUCGGUGACGACACAUUUAGCUGUGCAACAACAGAUCCACUCUCCCCAAGCUUUUGUCGUUCCCAUCAGCAAUCGUCAGACCAAGUGGUCACUGCUGAACGGCGGUGUCACGAUCCACCUCACCAACGGUAUCGUUUCUUGUCAGAAGAGAAAAGGAAGGCGGAUAUGAUAGGAAUUAACAGUAGCACAUCAUUUUCUUUCUGA